UUGUUUAGGUAUCGCGAAGAGCACCGGUAUCGAUUGCUGCGUGAAGCCGUCAUAGCGCUCCAAUCGGCGUUCAGAGGCCGUGAAGCCAGGAAAAGGAUCGGAGAUAUACCACGCCAACGAGGGCGGAUUCGGGUGAAACGAGUUCAGGCGGUGAAGCUCCCAGUAUUCGAUCUCGACAAUCCUCAAUCAUUGGCUGUGUUCGGGUUAAGCGAUGAUGACGAUCUCGAAAGUGAUGACGAUGACGGCGAAUCGACUCAAGAUGGUCUGGAUGAGGAUGUGUCCGAAAGCAGCGUGCUGGGUGAAAUCGAUGAUGAGGCGAUCGAGCUCGACGCGACGUUCAUUCUCGAAGAUACUAAGUUGAAGCUUAUUGAAGAUUCCUGCGAUCUUGCCAGCCAUCGCCGGCAAUCCCUUGCCCCAACCGCUUCCACAGCAAAGUUAAAGAUGUUGAGAAGAGCGAACAGUACAGACAGUAAUACGAUGGUUCGUACAGAUGACACUUUCAAACCUCUUCAGCUCGGAAGUCCAACGGCAAAGAAAAAGACGGGUAGCCGUAUGGGCUUCACAAAAGCCAAGAAGAACUUGAAAGCGUUAUUUGGUCGACGAAGUGAUAGCAUCAACGAGUAUGACGGGGUUGACAACGAGUUGCCAGCAAGCAACGAAUUAUCCCUUCCCUCCGUCACACCGGACCAUCACCUCAAGGUGUCACGACUGCAUAGGCAGGAACCUUGUGCGGUUUGCAAUCGACAUCUCAGCGGCUUCAUCACUCAGGUCUACAAAUGUACCCAGUGUAAGCUGUGUUUCCACAAGGAAUGCUCCUCCUUCGCGAAGUCCCUUCCCUGCCAACCGUCGUCGCCGCUGAGGUCGCCGACAAGGUUCGGCUCACCACGACGAGCAUGGGAUAUUGUAAGCAAACCGCGACCGUCGAUGGCAAGUGAGACAACCUCCAGUUAUUCACGAUCAUUCAAUCUCAACAAAACAAAGCAACAGACGGAUCCGGGUAAUAUGAUCGUCGAGUCUACGGAGGAUUUGCGCCAAUUCAGUGUGUUCAUAUUCAAAAAACAAUCGAAUUUGGACCAAAAGGCCAGCAAGAGGGACACGGUCGUGGAUGCACUCUUCAAAAAAUCGCUCAGAGAGUUCCACAUGGAACUCAUCGGCUACGAAGCUGUGCUUAAUGUGAGUUUUUUUUAUAUGGCAACCUUCUCCAAUCGGAUCACCUUAUGA